AGUACGCAGCUUCCUCUUCCACGCAGCUAGCUGGCUAGCUUGUUAGCAAAGGGUAGCGGACAACGAAAAACAGAUGGGUCGUAUUUUAGGGAUUUACUUUUUAAGCAAACCAGUUUAGAAUUAACAAUUUGUUCUGGUCUCUGUAGCACGAGUAAAAAUAAAUAAUUUCAUUUAUAGAUGAGAGUCGUUGAUUGUUGAGUUUGGAGAACACCGGCUUUAUGUGAGCACAAAGGCCUGCGCAUUGCUAGCUUCAGAGCAUGUAUCCCUCCUGGGGUAAUUACGGUGGAUCUCAGCCACCAGCGCAGAAUUUUAGUGGGCCCAGAGACCAACAGGUCAGGGGCCCGUCUCCUCAGGUAGCAGGAUUUGGAGGAUAUGAAACACCCCCAUCUAGUUCUCUUUUUUCGAGUCUGCGGGAGCAGCAUCUUCAACAAAUGCAGCAGCUGCAGCAACUCCAUCAGAAACAGCUUCAGUCUGUGCUGCACCACAAUAAUGAUGCCAAUGCUUACGGCGGGGGUUCUGCGAUCGGGUGCCCCGGCCCAUGGCAAAGCGAAGUCUCCGGAUACACUGACAUGGGUCCCGGGGUACCAUCCUACUACCAAGACGAGACCCAGUCAAUGAGGUGUCCACCUCAACAAAAUCAACCCCAGCCCCCGCCACCACAGACCAAGGAGGCACAGCCUCCUCAACCCGAGCCAACACCACCACCGGUGACCACCCAGAACAAUGGUGCUCCCACAUCAAAAGAGGUAAACAAGAAAGAACUGACUCCCCCUAAAGAGCAGGCCAACUCCUCCACGCCUGAGGAGGAAAAACACGAUUUUUCGUCUAUGUCAUUGCAGGAGCAGCAGCAGUACUGGUACAAGCAGCACCUUGCAAAUUUGCAGAGGCUGAAAAAUGAGAAAGGGCAACAGAAUCAGAGCCAGGGGGACAGUCAACCAUCACUCCCUAAAAGCCAGCCAUCAGGGCCUGACCCUCCACCUCCAUCCGAACCUCCAAAAAGUACUCCUCCACCCCCACCUCCUAAAGAGGAGCCCCCUCCUCCACCUCCACCAGAGGAAACGCAGGCAGAAGUCACUCCUCAGGACCCCGAAGAAGCGGCCCGCCUGCAGCAGCUCCAGGCUGCGGCGGCCCAGUGGCAACAGGUGCAGCAGCAGAGGGCAGGCAUCCAGUACCAGGCCCUCAUGCAGCAGCACGAGAAGCUGCAGCAGAUCCUGCAGCAGUACCAGCAGUUGAUUCAGCAGCCAUCGCAUCUACAGACGAUGCCUGUCGACAUGCAGCUGAGGCAUUACGAGGUGCAGCAGCAGCAGUUUGCCCCUGUCUUCCAGGACUGGGACCGCACCUUCCACUUGUGGUACGAGCAGUUUCAGUCCUACCCGCACAAAGACCAGCUGCAAGACUACGAACAUCAGUGGAAGCAGUGGCAGGAGCAAAUGAACUCCACCCAUGCCCACUUGCAAGAGCGGGUGACCACCCUCAGAACCAUGGUGCCUUAUGGGAGCAGCCAGUACACUGGUGGUGGAGUGAUGGGGCAGUGUGGACAGUACCCACUCCCAGGACCAGAUGCACAAAUGCAACAUAUGGCCAGCCCUUCUAUGUCUAGUAUGGAGGCUAUAGCCACCACUGGACCUGGGGCCUCGGGUCCACCUCCCACUGGGGGACUAGCUGGUGGACCACCUGGACCAAGGCCACAGUCAGAACCCUACAGUUCUUCUGGACCACCUAUUAGAGUUGAAGGACCUGCUGUGAGAGGGGCGAGACCAACUGGCCCCCCUCCAGGUCCGCCACCGCACUACCAAGACCCUAGAGGCCCACGAUUUGAUGGUCCAAGAGGAAACGGACCAAGGUUUGAGCAGCAGUGCUUUGAAGGACCCCCCAGAUUUGAUCAAAGGCAGAGAUUUGAUCAUCCUCAGAGAGGAAAUGCUCCACGUUUUGGGCAACAUAUGAGAUUUGAACAACCUCCCAGACAGGGCCCUCCUCCUCGCUUUGAACAGCCCCAACAACAAUCAGCUGGAACCCUGCAACGACCACCUGGACCCCCGCAUGGACUCCCUGGACCUUUUCAACGACCCCCUGGACCCCAACAACGACCCCCUGGACCCCAGCAACGACACCCUUUUCCCCAGCAACGACCCCCUGGCCCCCAGCAACAACCCCCUGGCCCCCAGCAACAACCCCCUGGUCCCCAACAACGACCCCCUGGUCCCCAACAUCGACCCCCUGGUCUCCAGCAACGACACCCUGUUCCCCAGCAACGACCCCCUGGGCCCCAGCAACGACUCCUUGGUCCCCAGCAACGACACCCUGGUCCCCAACAACAACACCCUCCUGGACAACACCCUCCUGGACAACACCCUCCUGGACAACAUCCUCCUGGACAACACCCUCCUGGACAACACCCUCCUGGACAACACCCUCCUGGACAACAUCCUCCUGGACAACAUCCUCCGGGACAACACCCUCCUGGACAACAUCCUCCAGGUCCUCAUCCUGAACCAGAACCUGGUUCUAAACUCCUUUUGACUAAGGGGGACACACUCCAAGCCUCCAAACCAGCAGGGCAACAACCGCCAGCAUCACAGAUGAAUGUAAAACAGGUAGAGCAAGAAGACUACACCAUGGACACACUAGGUGGCUUUUUUGUGCAAAACGACCCCAUUCCUCAAACCUCCAAAGUAAAACCUGAACCAACCAAGAAAGGGGAACCUGGGAGUAAUGAACCUAUAAAAAAUGAGAAGGAGACUCCUCCUGCUGUAUCGACUCCUUCCCCGGCUUCCCUGAAGAACACGCCUCCAAUCAAGAGCGGCCUCAACACGGAUGGGCCAGCGCAGAAAAAUCUCAACAAUAAAGGAUCCCAGCAAGGGCCGAAGCCUCAGGGGCCACCAGGGCCUCCAAGAAAAGACAUGCCUAGUCAGCCAAUCCCUCCGCCUGGUAUGGCUCGUGGCAGGGGACGUGGCCAGCCACCAGGACCUAUCAGGGGCCAGGGCCGGGGGAUGAGGGGCCGUGGAGGGAUACCCAGUGGCCCGGAAGGCCCAGUUCAUGGGUUGAAUCCCAACCGUGUUCUGUUCGAAGAGGAGGUCGACCAGAUGUCAUACAAUUACAGACAACCACAUGAGGAGCUACACGUAGAAGAGGAUGACUACCAAUGGCAGGAGCCGUCUUUAGAGGAACACGGCGGAGCAGAGUCAGAAGAACCACCCCUUGAGGAGGAAAGGUGGGUUCCAGAGGAGCACCACUACCAAGAAGAGGAAGAAGAAGAAUACUAUGAAGAGCCCGUGAGAGGAGGACAUCCAAUGGAUGGAGGGCACUGGGAAGAGCCAGAGGCCCAGGAGUACUGGGAAAAAGGGGAUCCAUAUUGGAUGGCGGACAGGAGGCCUCCCAUUAGAGGCAUGAGACCUCCAUUCCCCCCUGGCCGUGGCCGUCCCCCUCGCGGUCGUCCUGGCUUCAUGCACAUGGGUAUGAGGCGUCCGCCGCCUCCUCUGCAUGAUACGAUGGACCAGGGACUUGAAGUGGAUCCUCAUGGGCCACCCAUCCAUCGUGGGCACGACCCACAAGGACCACCCAUGCACCAUAACAUGGAGAGAGACAUGAGACGCCCCCCACCGUGCGACAUGGAAAGGCCCCCGAUGAGGCCCCCUCCUUACCACGAAGAGCUUGAGAGGAAACCCGGCUGGCCUCAGCCCCCCCACUCCAGAGGCCCCCCUCCCCCACCUCACGAAAUGAUGGAUAGAGGCCUCAUGAGGAGGAGACCUAUGGGUCAUCGUCCAAUGGGCAGAGGAAUGGGCAGGGGCAUGAGGCGCCCGCCUCCACCCCAAGAGGAACUGGAAGAGGGGUACAACGAGGAUUACAGUGAGGAAUUCGGGCCCGCGGACGAUGGGUAUGGACGGCCUCCCCCCCACAAUUAUCAUCCCCGUGGGUUUGAACGGGAUCCAGACUAUUACCAGCCCCACGGGGAAUGGGACAGAGAACAUUCCGAAAGGGACUACCCACCUUUCCCUCCUCGCGGGCCACCGCCACCAGAGCACUUCCGGGAGGACAAAUGGCUGGAGGAGCGAGAGCGUCCAUAUCCGUACGAAGGGGGUGAACGGGGAAGAGGAGAGCUCAGGAUACGUGAGUAUCCCGAGAAGCCACCUUACCGACACGAGGAGCCACCAUACCCACCCCCUCCCGAAUGGGAAAGACCCGCAAGGCCACCCCCACAGGAGAGAGGAUAUCCCCCAGACUUUGAGGGUCGGAGACCCCAUUUCGAAGAUCACAGAUCAGAGUCUUUGGAUAUCCCCCCACCCCCACCGCAGUCUGUACCCCUCAGAAACGUUCCAGACAGCCCCCUAGAAUCGGCGCCGCAAGCAGCCAGUUCUGGCAUACUAGCACUUUCUCAACGGCAGCAUGAAAUCAUCCUGAAAGCUGCUCAGGAGCUCAAGCUGAUAAGAGAAAUGCAGGAAGGUAAGACCCCCGGAGGGGAGGCUCAAUUUGGUACAUCUGAAUCCACACCUGAGUUACCUCCAGGUCUCUUGGGAUUAGAGAUUCCUCCAGAAGUGAGGAGCGCCUUGAAGGCUACUAUGGUUGGAUCUGGACAGCUAGCUUCCAGUGAAUCCUACUCAAAUUCAAGUUACCUGUCAUCUGCGCCACCUAUUCCCAAACCACCAAUUAUUCCUAAAACAGUGGAUUACGGCCAUGGGCAUGAACCAGGUACAACUGUGGAACGUAUUUCUUACGGUGAGAGGAUUGUGUUAAGGCCGGAUCCAGUUCCUUCAGAGAGAAUUUAUGAUAAAGACCUAAGAGAUCCUUACAACCGAGAUCCAUAUUACGAAAGGCGGGUUGACCCUUACAUGGAGCGUCGGGAGUACAGCAGAGAAAGAGAAAUGUACAGAGAGAAGCCGCCUCCUGAUUACGAAAGAGAACGAUUCGAUAGGGAGCGAUACCCCCCCAGAGAUGACAGCAAACAGUCCAUGGUUGUUGAAGAAAGGCCACCUCCAGGACCCCCUCCGCGUCCUGGAUAUAGAGAUCGUGAGAGGGACAUGCGGGACAGAGAAGGCCGUAGCAGCCGAGAUCAAGAGGAGACCUACGGACGUCCUGCCUACGAUAGACCCUCAUAUGAGCGCAGUGGGCCAGAGCGCUAUGACCACGGUUCCUCACCUUAUGGUGACCGAAGGAAUUACCCAGAGGAGCGAGGUCCUGGCCCUUCACCGUCACUACCUCCACCACAACCUGCUCCCCAGCGGGUGGAGAAGAAACCAGAGAUCAAGAACGUGGAGGACCUUCUCAAACCCCCUGGCAGAUCUUCUCGUCCUGAUAGGAUUGUCAUCAUAAUGAGAGGACUUCCAGGAAGUGGGAAAAGCCAUGUUGCCAAGCUCAUCAGGGACAAGGAGGUAGAGUGUGGAGGCGCCCCACCGAGAGUGCUUGGUUUAGAUGAUUACUUCAUGACUGAAGUGGAAAAGGUAGAAAAGGACCCGGAUACAGGCAAACGUAUCAAAAACAAGGUGCUCGAAUACGAGUUUGAGCCAGAGAUGGAAGACACGUAUCGGAGCAGCAUGCUUAAAACCUUUAAGAAAACCCUGGACGAUGGCUUUUUCCCCUUCAUCAUUAUCGACACUAUUAACGAGAAGGUGAAACAUUUUGACCAGUUCUGGAGUGCAGCCAAAACAAAAGGCUUUGAGGUGUACCUUGCUGAAAUCACUGCGGACAAUCAGACUUGUGCUAAGAGAAAUGUCCAUGCACGCACACUGAAGGACAUAAGCAAGAUGUCUAGUCACUGGGAGCCCUCGCCACGGCAUAUGGUUCGUUUGGAUGUGCGGUCCCUGCUUCAGGACGCUGCCAUUGAAGAGGUUGAAAUGGAGGAUUUCAAUCCUGAUGAUGAACCAAAGGAGAUCAAGAAAGAGGAAGAGGAAGAAAGCGAUCUGGGUUACCUUCCAAAAAGCAAAUGGGAGAUGGACACUUCUGAGGCGAAACUUGACAAGCUGGAUGGCUUGGUGAGUGGAGGGAAGAGGAAGCGCGACAGCGAGGACAUGGCAGGCAUGGAGGAUUUCCUCCAGCUGCCUGAUGACUAUGCCACCCGAAUGUCAGAACCAGGAAAAAAAAGGGUGCGGUGGGCUGAUCUUGAGGAACAAAAAGAUGCUGAUAGAAAGAGAGCAAUUGGCUUUGUGGUGGGUCAGACUGACUGGGAGAAAAUAACCGAUGAGAGUGGCCAGCUGGCUCAGAGAGCUCUCAACCGUACAAAGUAUUUCUAAGAAGAGAACAUCAUUCACUCCCUGUUUCCAUACAAACAGGUAUCAACUGUGAAAAUGCUGAACCUUUGUUUCCUGUGGUGAAGAAUUUUAUUAUGAUCCCAAGGUUCAUGAAAUCAGUAGUUAUUUUCUGUGUGAAUUCAGUGUUUAACAUAUUUGAACCUAACUGCAUUAUAAGUAGAUAUUCUUGAUAUUGCUUUGAAUGUUUUAGUACAUUUUACUUUAUCUUUACUAGUACUUUUGUUGGUAUACUCCUGCACCAGAUAGUUUUGCUUCUCGUUUUAUACUGUAUAAGUUGCCUACCUGUUGGAACUACUGCUAUUUUAAGAACCAAUAAACAAAGGUUUCAAACAAAA